AUGGAAUGCCACAAGGUUGCUGCAGCAAGAAGAGCCCAAAGACAAUUCCAGAGCCUAAAAUUCGAAAACCUCGUCAAAGAAAUGAAGAAACUCAUGCCAAAGAUUAGGGGUUGCUACAAUAAGUACCUUGAUUUAAGUGGUGAAACACUAGCAUGGAUGUUAGCUGUGGAUGUAUACUUCUUGCUUGAAUUCCUGCAAAUUUAUGCCAUCAAAGAAGGGAAAAUCCAAACAGAAAUUCAUGCAGGCAAGAAAUUUACUAAUUAUGCUAUGCUUAGAGAUAUAGUGAUGCUUGAAAACCAAAUCCCACUGUUCCUAUUGAGAAAGGUCUUAGAACUCCAGCAUUCCUCCUUGGAAGCAGCAGAUGAAACACUCAAUGCCUCUUUAAUUGGUUUAUGCAAAGAGGUAUCUCCAUUCAAGAUGGUGAAUCUCUCAAGCAUCCAAUUCACAGAGCAUUCACACUUGCUAGAUGUUUUGUACCACAUGAUUGUGCCCAAAUCUGAAGAACAACCCGAUUUCGCCAUUGAAGUCUCUGAUGGACUAGACGUUCUUACCGUCGACGACAUUGUAGAUGAGAUCAAAGACUCAAAUCAAGUAAAGAAGAUCGCGAAUUUGAUCUGGAAACCACUAUCCAAAUUAACAGAAGGCACUGGUUCAAGUUCAACCAACAACAUCCACAAGCCUCCUUUGAUAGAGGAAAUCGUGAUCCCUUCAGUGACUGAACUCUACAAUUCCGGUGUCCAAUUUGCAACCAUAAAAGGGGGUAUCACAUCCAUUAGCUUCGACACCAAAUCAUUCACACUUUACCUCCCUACUGUUACUAUAGAUGUUAACAGUGAAGUGAUAUUAAGAAACUUGGUUGCAUAUGAAGCAUCAAAUGUAUCAGGGCCAUUAAAUUUUACGCGAUACACAGAAUUGAUGAAUAGUAUUAUAGACACCAAGGAGGAUGUGAAACUGCUUAGGGGGAAAGGGAUUGUUCUGAACCAUCUGAAGAGUGAUGAAGAAGUUGCUAACCUUUGGAAUGGAAUGACUAGAUCAGUGAGAUUAACAGAAGUUCCCUUCUUGGACAAGGUAAUUGAAGAUGUGAACAAAUAUUAUAUGGGUACAUGGAAGGUCAAGAUAGGGAACCACUUGAAAAGAUAUGUGUUUGAUUCAUGGCAGAUCCUCACACUCUUAGCAACUAUUCUGCUGUUGUUAAUGACAACUCUUCAAGCAUUUUGCUCAGUCUAUAGCUGUGGCCGCGUUCUACAUAUUGACUCAACUAUCAAUCACUGA